CACAGCACUACUUCUCAUAAGUUCUUAAGAAAUUUGGGUUUUCUUAAGACUAAAAUAUGGUACAGAGAUCAUCUUCUCUUCUCAAAGCUAUGUUCAUUGCUCUACUUGUUCUUGCGGCUGCCAACUCCAUAAAAUGUCAAGUGAAAGGCGCAGAGAUAUAUGAGAUCGACUACAAAGGGCCAGAAACACAUUCAUUUUGGCCUCCACCGAGAUCCUCUCGCUCAGGUCCAAGGUUGAGGCCACUGAAAGAUAGAGCUGAUAGAGUGAGGAAACCUGGUCAUGGAUUACAGCAAAAGCGAAGCAAUUGCAGGAAAGCUUUUAUGUGUGGUUAGCUGAAGUUUAUACAGUAUUAUAUACUACCAUGUAGAGAGAAUCCAGUGCAUUAAGAUCUUCAAAGUGUGGCUGGAAUCAUAAAAUCUAUGGUAACAUGCAGAAGUUUGAAUGAUUAAAAUAGUAGCAUAAGCUGAAUCAGAAUGAUGUAAAACCUGGUCCAGAUUAGAAGAAGAGCGGAUCAAGAAAACACUUAAAUUGAAUGCUAAUAACUGUAAGGAAUUAUCAAGUAUUGGAUCUAAUAAAGCACAAGCUGAAUAUAAUCCAUUCAUGAUGAGAGUUUAGCAUCAGAAAUCUACAUUCACCUGUUAUCAGAAAUCUACAUCAGUGCUGCAAUUGCAUGCAUUUGUUUGCAGAAAGAAAUAUCUAUUUCAGUUCAAGUCA